AUGACAUUUUAUGGACAUUCGGACUGGAAUGGGUCAGCUAGACCUAGACAGGGACUUUUCAAAAACUGCUUUUAUUUUGGUAUAGUACUUGCAAGUCUAGUUUGGGGUUCAUUGUUCUUAUUGUACACAAUAGAGAAUUUCCAGACAGGUGUACAGUUACAACAUAACGUCAAUCGCUAUUCAAGUCCAUGUAAGAAACGUAGUGUCUCCGGUGAGAAAAUGCCGUUGUCUCGAGAGGCAUUUCAUGAAAGACUUUUCGUCCCAAUCACGGAGAAGAUUCGAUGGAUAGAUGAACCACGAUCUAUCUAUAAUGAUCAAGGAACGUUCCUUGACAUAAGAAAUGAGGAUGAUGAUGAAUUUCGAGUAGCUAUUAAAUCUGUUGGGAACAAAAGCUACGAGUAUCCAUUGGUUGAACAAUCAACUUUCCAAUUUAACAAUAUUGUGUAUAAAAUUGAGGAUUUGGAAGUAUCUCCUGAUUUACAAAAACUUGUUUUAAAAACUAAUACAACUAAGACUCUGGCACAUGCCAGUUUGGCUUUGUUCUGGUUAAUGGAUAUUAAGACUAAGAAAAUCCAACCAUUAUAUUACGAGAACGAGCAAUUAUCUGCUGCUUCAUGGUCUCUUGAUUCCAGCCAUGUUACAUUUGUCUAUAAGAAUAACAUUUUUCUUAAAAACAUUGUUGAUGAUAAAAUCACACAAAUAACUUCAGAUGGGUCAAGUCAAAUAUAUAACGGAAACCCCGACAGUAACUCCGUAUUCAACGGUGAUAUCGUAUUAUGGUGGUCUCCAAACGGGAAAAAGUUUGCAUUUUUGCGAUCCAAUACCAUUGAGGUUCCCGACUAUUUAAUGCAAUUCUUUGUUCAACCGGGAUUUGAAGAAUAUCCAAAGCUGGAAUAUAUCAAGUAUCCAAAGGCAGGAUUUUCCAAUCCUAUAGUAGACAUUCUAGUCUACGAUUUAUCUAUAGAUAAUCUAACCAUUUACAACUUGAACUCGACUGAAAUUACUCCGGAAAACCGCUUGUUGACAGAAGUUACAUGGGUCGGUGAUUCCUUAUUAGUCAAAACCUCAAAUCGUGCUAGCGAUUUAUUGGAGAUCUAUCUAAUCAACCAAGAACAAGUAGAUUUAGUUCGAUCUGUGCGUGCCAAUAAUUCCUGGUUUGAUAUCACUCGUCACACAAUGUAUAUCCCCAAGAAUAAAACAAUGGGUCGUGAAUUCGAUGGAUACCUAGACACGAUUGUCGAAGGCGGAUAUAACCACUUGGCUUAUUUCUCUCCACCAAGCAACCCCAAUGGACAGCUAUUGACUAAAGGUAACUGGGAAGUCGCGAAGGGGGUUGAAGGGUUUGACCAUAAUACAAAUCUGGUAUAUUUCACAAGUAAUAUGAAGUCAUCUAUUGAAAGGCAUGUUCAUGCUGUCGAUUUGUUGGAUAGGUCGAAUGAUGGUAUGCCAUAUAUUAGAAAUAUAACUAACAAUGAUGCAUGGUAUGAAUGUUCAUUUUCCUCCGGUGCCAGAUUUAUAUAUUUGUCUUAUGGGGGACCUGGGAUCCCUAAUCAAAGAAUCGAAGAUUUAACAGGGCAGAUUAAUGCUACUAUACUUGAAGAUAAUCAUGAGCUCAGGAGAGCUUUACAAGGAUACGAUAUUCCGAAAGUUAGAUAUGAAACAGUUGAAUUGAAAGAUGAUGAAACUGGGGAAGUUUUCAUGGUGAAUGCUAUGGAACGUUUGCCAUUAAAUUUUGAUAGGAAAAAGAAGUAUCCUGUUGUAUUUCAUAUCUAUGGAGGUCCGGGAUCGCAAGAAGUUACUAAAAAAUGGGCAAUUUCUGCUAGAUCAAUGAUUGCAGCCGAGUUAAAUGCAGUAGUGGUAACCAUCGAUGGUAGAGGUACCGGAUUCAACAAUCUCAAUGCAAAAAUGGGAUCAAAAUUCAAAUUUAUUGUUCGUGACAAACUUGGUCAAUAUGAACCACUUGAUGUCAUAGCUGCAGGUCGAAAUUGGGCAGAGAGGUCAUACGUGGACCCAGAGAGGAUAGCAGUUUGGGGUUCGUCAUUUGGUGGCUAUUUGACCUUGAAGACAUUAGAAGCAGAUACCCAGGAUCCCGUAUUCUCAUACGGAUUUGCUAUGGCUCCAGUUACAAAUUGGACGUUAUAUGACAGUGUAUACACAGGAAGAUACAUGCAUACUCCCCAAGAAAACCAGGAAGGAUUUCGUCUUGGUGCUGUUAAUGCGAUUAAUCUUUCACAUGUCAAGAGAUUCUUGAUUGGACAUGGAACAGCUGAUGAUAAUGUUCAUGUUCAACAUUCAUAUCAAUUGCUUGAUCAACUUAAUCUUGACGAACUUGAAAAUUAUGAUUUCAUUGCUUUUCCUGAUAGCAGUCAUCGUAUGAAGUUUGAUAAUGCUUAUAACUUGUAUCAUCGUAGAAUACUUGAUUUCUUUAGGAGAGCAUUUGAUAACAGGUUUGUAUAA